CAUUUUUGGCACUCUCAAAAGUCAGAGUUUAGUUGUUGGAAAGCAAUUUCAGGUUCACACAGAAACGUUCCAGUAUACUUUAAGUGUUUAUUUGCUUCCAGUAUUGGCCAAAUCAGAUCCUUGCAAAAAACUCCUGGUCUUGUGGAGGUCCCAAGGGUUUGUUGACCUUCUGCCCCAUCACAAAGACAAAAGGUUGCCACUAGUGAGGCCUUUGUUUGCAUGACUUCAGUCUUGUCUUCUGUAGUUUGCAUUCCUUCAAUGGCAUUCAAAUGAGCCAUUGUGGGAUCCUCCAUCACCCGCGGUUGGAGGCCGGCAGAAGAUCCUUUAUCCCUCCCUCGACUCCCACUUUGGCUUUCCUGUGCCUCAUUAUCUCACUUUUUGUCCGACGGCCUGCGCUUGUGUAACAGAGCAGCUGUAAAGUAAACCUUUAGACCCCAUUGCUCAGCAUCUAGUCCAGCUGGUCGCAAGCGGUUCAGUAGUCGCUAGCGCUGGGAAGACGCUGCAAUGGAUGGCGAGAAGGAUCCAAACCACUUGGAUACAGCCGCGUGUGAGGAUUUGGGAAGCUAUGCGGUGGACGCCGGGACGAUCCCCGCGAAGGUGAAGAAGGGGAGGACGAAAAGCAAGCUGGGGAGCAGGAAGGGGCUUAGUUUGGAGGAGAAUCAGCUGGAGACCAAGAGCCUGAGCCGGCAGGUCCUGUCCAGGUCUCUUGAUAUCGACAGACCUUUGGAGAGAAGCGAAAGCCUCAACUCAAGAAGUAGUUUUAUGAAGCACAACAAAACAUUCCACAAACUCUUCCCAGAAGUCCCUGAGACUGAAGACCUGCUGCAUGCUUACGUCUGUGCGCUGCAGAAGGAAGUGCCUUACCACGGCCGUCUGUACAUCACCGACAGCAGCCUGUGCUUCUUCUCCUCCGUGCUGCUCAAAGACACCAAGCUGCUGGUUCCCGUCGCCAGCGUGAGCGUCCUGAAGAAGCAGAACACAGCGCUGCUCGUACCAAACGCCAUCUCCAUCCGAACCACAGACGGAGAGAAGUAUUUAUUCGUGUCUCUGCGUAACAGAGAAGGCUGCUAUAAGCUUCUGCGAUCCGUCUGUCCUCAGCUGGAGGACGGAAGUGCCAACAGCAGCCCUCUCUUCUCCUCGGCCGAGAACAGCUUCGAUCAGGCCAAACGUGUGCAGAACUCCAGUCAGUCCAGUCUGGACGACUCGUGCCAGGUGUCUCCUCAGAUCCAGCUCUCUGCGUCUCGACUCGCUCCAGAAAACACUGUGAACACAAGCUCACCGCUGAUGUCAGACGAGAGCUCGGGGGACGAAGACACCGGAAGUUCGUGGGUCUGGAGCGUGACGGAUAGAGCGCGAUCUCUCCUCAUCCAAAGAGAAGUCAGCAACCUCAACACUCUGCUGCUCAUCUACCUGAUCCUGGUGUUUCUGCUCUUGUUGUCGUCUGGCUAUAUCGGCCUGCGUAUCGUGGCCUUAGAAGAGCAGCUGACGUCUCUCGGAGCCCUUCCCGAAUUCACCCUACAAAGCGGGUACAAAGAAACGUAAGAGAUCUCAUCCAUCUGAACUUUGGAAGGAACCACCAAAAACCAUUUUUAAAGAUACACUAGCUGCCGCAAGGAAUGCUGGGAAGGACCUUUAUUUGCACAUGCACCAGCUACUAAACUCUGUGCGUCUUUGCCAAGGAAACCACCAAAGGGCAUCAUUACGGGACGCGGGUGUUGACGAAACGCGGGCGUGUCUUCGCUCGCAGUCGUUCGGUUUGUGUUCACGCUGCAGCGACUCGCCCAGAAACAACCAAAGACAACAGGUUUGUCUCCGAGGACCGUUAAA